UGACAUUGACGUGCCUUUGUUGCUACUUGCCUUUGUUGUUUUGAAAAAUUGCAAAUUGCAUUUCCGAGGCAUUUCCUUAGAAAAAUUUAGAUAAAAUUUGGAAUAAGUGCAGAAAAUGGUGAAGAUCGCCCUCCAAAUUAAAGCAAAUUUGGAAUGCAUAGAAAAAUUAUACACCAACCACCCCAAUUACCAGUGGUUUUUGAAGCUUAAAUGCAGCAGUUGCGGCGAGGUUUCAGAAAAGUUUCACGAUCUUACUGAGGCUGACAAGGUUCCGCAGAAACACAACAGGUCCGAGACUAAUUUGCUGAUCAAAUGCAAGCUCUGCUCGAGGGAAAACAGCAUGGACGUUAUUGAAGGCAGCAAUGGAGUGUACACCAAUAACGAUCUGAACAAAUUCAAGACCCUUGUGAUAUUUGACUGCCGAGGAGUGGAGCCCGUUGACUUUGAGCCCAAAUCUGGUUGGGUAGCGGAGGCUGAGGAUGAUGGUAAAAAAUUUGAGGAUGUGGAUCUGACAGAGAAAGAGUGGGUGGACUACGACGAGAAGAACCAGGUUUCUGUUGGAGUGUAUGAACUUGAAUGGCAGUUCAUAAAAGUCAAGUAAUUUAAGUGAAUUUACAAUAUUUCUGUUAACUAAAUUGAUAUUUUUAUUUAAAUAAAUUUUACACUAUGGGUAUUUUAA